ACCAGAACAAUGAUACUCAGAUCUUUGCACUGGCAAUACUAUUGAGUAGUACCUUUGUUUACAACACCAUGAACAAAAUUGACCAGAGGGCUAUCGAUCUAUUGCAUUAUGUAAUAGAACUGUCAAAUCAGCUCAGGACAGUUUCUCCACCUGAUCUUGAUGGGGUUGAAGAUGCAGCAGAUGCUGUGAACUUCUGUCCAGACUUAGUGUGGACUCUGAGAGAUUUCUACCUUUCCCUGGAAGCAGACGGGAAACACAUCACAGCAGAUGACUACCUGGAGAACUCGUUGAAGCUGAAAGAAGACACUGAUGAAAAUCAUAAAAAUUUCAAUUUGCCCCGUCAUUGCAUACAGACAUUCUUUGCAAGAAAGAAAUGCUUUGUCUUUGACUCUCCCACUCACCGGAAGAAGCUUGCCCAUCUUCCAACACUUCAUAACAAUGAACUGGAUCCUGACUUUGUGCAACAAGUGGCAGAUUUCUGUUCCUACAUCUUUCACCAUUCCAAGGCAAAAACUCUUUCAGGAGGCAUCAAAGUUAAUGGGCCUCGUCUAGAAAGCCUGGUGCUGACCUAUGUCAAUGCCAUCAGCAGUGGGAACCUGCCCAGCAUGGAGAAUACAGUCUUGGCCUUGGCCCAAAUCAAGAAUUCAGCUGCAGUACAAAAAGCCAUUGCCCACUAUGACCAGCAGAUGGCCCAGAAGGUGCAGCUGCCCACGGAAAACCUCCAAGAGCUGCUGGACCUGCACAGGACCAGUGAGAAGGAAGCCAUCGAAGUCUUCAUCAAUAAUUCCUUCAAGGAUGUGGACCAAAGGUUCCAGAAGGAAUUAGAGACCCUGCUGGAAGCAAAACAAGAUGACUUUCGUAAGCAGAACUUGGAGGCAUCAUCAGAUCGUUGCUCAGCUUUACUUCAAGAUAUUUUUGGUCCUCUAGAAGAAUAUGUGAAGCAGGGGGUUUACUCAAAGCCUGGAGGGCACCGCCUCUUCAUUCAGAAGAGAGAAGAGCUGAAGGCAAAGUACUAUCAGGAGCCCAGGAAAGGAAUACAGGCUGAAGAAGCUCUGCAGAACUAUUUACAGUCCAAGGAGUCUGUGAGUGAUGCCAUUCUACAGACAGAUCUGGCUCUCACCGCGAAGGAAAAGGAGAGGAAAGAAGCAUAUUUGAAAGCAGAGGCUGCAAAGGCUGAAGCACGAAGGUUGGAGGAGAUUCAAAGGCAGAACCAGCAAAUGAUGGAGGAGAGGGAGAGACAGCAUCAGGAGCAACUGAGACAAAUGGAGAUAAACAGAGCCCAACAGCUGGCACAGGAACAGAUGGCUCGGGAACGUCAGCUCCAGCUCACCAUGGCCUCUGGAUACACCAUGAUGGACCCCAUCUGUCUGGUGGAAAAUCAGAAUAAUCAGCUGACAGUAAAUCCAACAGCACUGGAGAUUCUAGACAAGAUCUCUCAGCCUGUGGUGGUGGUGGCCAUCGCAGGUCUGUAUCGGACAGGAAAAUCCUACCUGAUGAACCGCCUGGCAGGACAGAACCAUGGAUUCUGUCCGGGCUCCACAGUGUGGUCUGAAACCAUGGGCAUCUGGAUGUGGUGUGUACCCCACCCCUUGAAGCCCAACCACGCUCUGGUCCUUCUGGAUAUUGAGGGCCUGGGUGAUGUGGAAAAGGGUUAUUCAAAAAAUGACUCAUGGAUCUUUGCCCUGGCCGUGCUUCUGAGCAGCAUGUUAGUCUACAACAGCAUGGGCACGAUCAACCAUCAGGCCCUGGAGCAGCUGCACUAUGUGACUGAACUAACAAAGCUUAUCAGGACAAAGUCCUCUCCCAGCUCUGGUGAAGUAGGUGAUUCAGCCAUGUUUUUGAGUUUCUUUCCAGACUUUGUUUGGGUUGUACGGAAUUUCACACUGGACCUGAAGUUAGAUGGAUGCACCAUCAGUAAAGAUGAGUACCUGGAGAAUGCCUUGAAAAUUACCCAGUGUACACCAUUGGCCAUGCUGGAUGCAGGUCACAACAUGACUAGAAAGUACUAUAUCAGGAAGUUCUUCCCCAAGUGAAAGGGCUUUGUUUUUGAUAGGCCUACACAUAAAAAGAACUUGUUACAACAUAUGGAAUGCCUGUCAGAACAACUGGAGUACAGUUUCCAGGAGCAAUCCAAAAAUUUCUGUAACUAUACCUUCACAGAUGCAAAAACAAAGACCCUCUAAGCGGGAAUCAUUGUCACUGGAAAUCGUCUGGGGACUCUGGCAAAGACAGAUGUGGAUACCAUCAACAGUGGAGUAGUGCCUUAUUUGGAAAAUGCAGUGAUAACUCUGGCUCAGCGUGAGAACUCAGUGGCUGUGGAGAAGGCAGCCGACCACUACAGUGAGCAGAUGGCCCAGAGAGUGAGCUUCCCCACACACAUGCUGCAGGAGCUGCUGGACCUGCACGCAGCCUGUGAAAAAGAAACCAUUGCAAUCUUCAUGGAGCGCUCCUUCAAGGAUGACAACCAGGUGUUCCAGACGAAGCUUAUGGGCAUCAUAAAGAAAAAGAAGGAAAAUUUCUUGCUGAAGAAUGAAGAGGAAUCUCUCAAAUAUUGCCAGGCUCAGCUUACACAGCUUUCAAAGCCACUGAUGGAAGGCAUUUUGAGAGGAACUUUCUCUGUACCUGGAGGAUACAUUCUCUACUCAGGGGAAAUGAACAAGGUUGAACAGUCCUAUGAAUUGGUGCCGAGGAAAGGAGUGAAGGCAAUGGAGGUCCUCCAGAACUUCAAGCAGUCACAGGCUGCAACAAAGGAAUCCAUCAUCCAGGCUGACAAGGCUCUUGCUGCUGUGGAGAAGACUCUAAAAGCUGAACAAGCCAAGACAGAGGAAUUGGAAAGAAAACAGGAGUUGCUUACACAGACACUGAAUGAAAAACUACAACAAAUGGAGAGAAGCUUUGAGGAAAACAUUGCCCAGCUGAAUGAAAAGAUGAGAGACCAAAACACAAAGCUGAAAGAUCAGGAAAAAAUUCUGCAGCACAUGCUGACGGCAGAAGAGAUUCAGAAGAAAUACAAAGAG